UUGUUGUUGCUCUGGAUUGCAGAGAGCAGAGAACCAAACUGCCGCUUCCGCACUGCUUCCUUGUUUAUUAGUUUUAGGGGAAACUUGUCUUUAAAGUUUAAAAAAAGAACGUAUCUUUCUCUGGAAACGGCGAGGACUCCUCCACAAGAUUUUUGAAUCCCCGGCUAACUGGAGAGCUCACACAGAAAAAACUGACUACGUUUUAUGACCAGGAGGGAAUCAGGGUCUGAGUUUCACCACAAGUCAAAGUUCAGGUUCUGGUCUGAAUGGCCACAGCUGCAGAGGAGCCUCCAGGGCUGCAGGGCCUCUCUGGCAAUUCGGCUGCAACUCGGAAAAAUGUUUAUCCCGAGAGUCCAAGCACCAGCAUGACCCCGGCCAUGAAAAAAACCAUCGGUCAUCGUGGAAUUGAUCCCACUGGGGAGACGACGUACAAGAAGACAACAUCAUCUGCCCUGCAAGGCGCUAUCCAGUUAGGCAUCACGCACACGGUGGGCAGCUUAAGCCAGAAACCUGAGAGAGACGUGCUGCUGCAGGACUUUGAAGUGGUCGAAAGCAUCUUCUUUCCCAAUGAGGGCAGCAACCUGACACCAGCCCACCACAAUGGAGACUUCAGGUUCAAGACGUACGCCCCAAUGGCCUUCCGCUACUUCAGGGAGAUGUUUGGCAUCCGGCCUGAUGACUACAUGUACUCUCUGUGUAAUGAUCCACUGAUUGAACUUUCAAACUCCGGAGCCAGUGGAUCUCUCUUCUACGUCUCCAGUGACGAUGAGUUCAUCAUCAAGACAGUGCAGCACAAAGAGGCGGAGUUUCUGCAGAAACUUCUUCCAGGAUACUUCAUGAACCUGAACCAGAACAAACGCACCUUAUUACCAAAGUUUUAUGGACUGUACUGUGUCCAGGCAGCGGGUAAGAACAUCCGUAUUGCAGUCAUGAACAAUCUGCUCCCGAGCGCCGUACGAAUGCACCUAAAAUUUGAUCUCAAGGGCUCCACCUACAAGCGACGAGCUUCAGCUAAAGAGAGGGAGAAAGCUGUUCCCACAUACAAGGAUCUGGAUUUCAUGCAGGACAUGCAGGAGGGGCUGUUACUGGAGGGGGACAAGUACAGUGCUGUUUGCAAGACCCUCCAGAGAGACUGUCUGCUUUUGCAAAGUUUUAAGAUUAUGGACUACAGCCUUCUGGUGGGAAUCCACAAUGUAAAUCAGGCGUGUCAAGAGCACGCCAGCGAAGAGGCGGUGGCCGGGGCAGUGGACCAAAGGAGGCCACAGGGUCAAAAGUCCCUGUACAGCACUGCUAUCGAGGCCAUCCAGGCCGAGACGGGGAGCAUGGGACCACUGGACACAGAGGAUAAAACUGGAGGAAUCCCAGCGCGGAACGCAAAAGGCGAGAGGCUGCUGGUGUAUAUUGGCAUCAUUGACAUUCUGCAAUCCUAUAGAUUAGUAAAGAAGCUUGAACACUCGUGGAAAGCUCUGGUUCACGACGGGGAUACUGUAUCGGUACACAGGCCGAGUUUCUACGCAGAACGAUUUCAGAAGUUCAUGUCCAACAUAGUCUUCAGGAAGAUCUCAUUAAAGACCUCGCCAUCUAAGAAGCGCCGUGCAGUGACUCAUCCUCUGAGAAAGACGGCUGGCGCUGGGCCUUCUCUGUCGACCCAAACCAGCAGCAACAGCCAGCACACUUUUCUCCAAAGUCAAGUCAGCUCUGAGACCAAAGAAGAAACUGAAGAAGACAAAGUCAUGCAGUCAGGUCGUCCUGACCUCCUUCCAAAGACCUUCCCGCCCAGCGAUGCUGUUGGCAACGCUAAAGAAACCGCCUUCUCCCCCUCCUUGGGAAACCCUGGAAUUGCAACAACAAGUCAGCCUCCACCUCACUCUCAGGAUGCCUACAUGUCAGUGGGAGUGGAUUUAAACAACACAUUGAGCAAAGACCAGGAGCAAAGCACCCCCAAGAGAGUUCAGUACGAAGAAAGUAUCGGUUCUGAGGAUGUGAUCUCACUCAAUGACAUUGUUCCUAACGCAAGCAAAUGCGCUCUGUAGAGAAAUGAACUUAUAGGAACCCAGACAAACAUGGAGGAUGAAAUGUUACAACCUCCCAUUUGGUGUGAUUUGAGGUAAAGUUAUACAGUGUAUCAGCAUGACCAAGUGGGACAUUAAAUGUUUUUUGUUGUUGUUUUUGCACUUUGAUUUCCAAAUCUCAACAUGGUAUGAGCAUGUGGCUGUGUUCUGACACUAGUGACUGCAGGGUCCAUUAAUGCUAAGGUGGUUAUUGAACACUAUUCUUCAUCUCAUAGGAAUGCUUCUCUAUGCACAACCAAAGAUUAUUAUUGGCACUGAUGUGCUCAACUCAACGUAGAGUGUAACAAGAAGACUUUGCCUUAUCUGAGAACAUCUUUAUUUAAGUGUUGUUAUUUCAAAUGAAAUGUCUCCUUUUUUAAAUUACUUCCUCGUUGGUGUAACAAAUGCUGUCACUCAUCCUCAUUCAUACCACCACACAAAGGCCUGAGCCCAGAGUAUUGUUUCUGCUACAUGUUUGACUUAAAUGCUUUAACCGCAAAACCAGGUUAUAUGGGUUGUGCACACAGUUUGAAAUAAAAGUUUUUGGUUUUUUUAAAGAAAUGACUGUAUUCAUACUGGGUAAGCUGUCGUUUUUUUAAGCCUACUCUGAAUGCAAAUCAUGCUGGAAGAACACGUGAUCCUCGGCUUGCUGUUUCUAUUUAACCAGCUACUCUAAUAAUGGAAUGUGAAUCCUAAAUGCCACCUCUCAUGUUUCAGGUCAAAGGGUUCUAUUAAAAGGUGUUUUGUUUUUUUAGACUUAAACUCUGUACGAUCUGAUGUCCAUUUCAGGUUUAGUGUGUAGACUGGCUUAUGUCCAAAUGUGACUAAAGAAACUCGUACUCUGAUGGCGUUGGACAAAGCUCCACAACAAACAGUGACCUGGGGCCUGUCUCGUGAAGUAAGACUAGUGAGUUAGUCCGCUAACUUUUGGGUAGAUUUUCUAUAAAAGAACCACAUCGUCACAUAUGUGGUGUGAGGGGGAAAUUGAGUUAUCAUUCUUACUGGAGCUCAAAAACAAAAACACAGCAUUCACUUUAAUGUGUCAUGUACCAAAGAGCAUGACAUUAUUACAAAUGUGGUACAAUCACUUCAUUUUUUAUCAUUUAUGAUGUUGGAAAUACUAAUAUUGUAAAUGCAGUAAAAGCAGGCGUCCCACUGUGGCUAUGAAACAGAACAAAAAGAGUUUGUGAAAAAGCAGAGCGAUGCUAACUCUUAGAUGUACAUAAAAUGUACUGUUUCAUAGUAUUCCUAUUGGGUUAGUGCAGUAUGUACAUAUUCUAACACUGCAGCCCUGGAGAACAUGACUUGACUUUGAAAGUAGGAGAAGUUUUAUAUAAUCAUUAAUAACAACAGUUAAUUGGCAUCGUUAUUGUCAUUUAUGCAAUGCAUCUGAAACCAGCCCCCACUCAUAUCACUAAUGUUUGUAUGUGUGCAUGUUUGCCUUUAAAAAAAAAAAAAAAAAUGUUUUAAACACAAAAAAACUUUUGCUUGAGUGUUAUUGUUUAUCCAAAAAACCAGGGUGGGAUGCACUGGCCAAGGAAAAUUAGCAAUUUUGGUUAGUAGGAGUUUGACUUUUCUGCUGAAUAUUUAAAACUAUAAACAUGGGUGAUACUGCAGUAUUUUUUUUUUUACACUUUUCCUCUCCGUUGCUACAAGUAAAAAAAUGUACAAACUCAAUAUGAAUUAUUCAAAUUUGAGUUAUCUACUACAGUCCACAUAUUAAAGCAUAUAACAUUUCACACUGGUUCAUGAUGUUUGAUUUUUAUAUUAUUUUCAGCGUUUUGUAUCUCUGUUCCUGGUUUUAUUUUCCAUUGGUGCAUCUUGUAUUUCCUAAAUAUUACUCAUUUUAACUGGUUAUAUUAACUAUGAUGUUACUAUAACCUUUGUUGCUGCAACUUCCCCGCAGGGAUAUUUUCACGCCAUCUGUUAAUAAAUUCACUUCAUUCAAUAAUUGACAGGGUCGGGUGUGUAAACUUUG